AGUGCGCAUGCUCGUUGUAGUAGCCGGUUAUGGCGGCCGUGUGUGUUUGUCCAUGAGGUGGGCGCCGCUCGCUGUUCUUGGAGUUUGUGACUAGAACAACCCCAGCAACUGGAUGUCAUGGCUGGAGUGUUUGACAUAGAUUUGGACCAACCAGAGGAAAACGUCUCCGAUGAUGAAAACGAGGAGGGUCAGCAUCAUGACUUUAUGGAGCAGUGCAGUGGGUUUGAGUUCUUGUGUCACGGCAGCAACAUGGACGACUGUGAACAGAUCGAAAUCUCCGAGGACAAUGUCAACCAAGGAACAGAGAGCAUCAGACCAGAGUGCUUCGAGCUGCUGCGGGUUCUGGGGAAGGGUGGUUACGGAAAGGUUUUCCAAGUUCGUAAAGUUGUCGGAGCUGCAGCUGGCAAAAUAUUUGCCAUGAAAGUUUUAAAAAAGGCGAUGAUUGUACGCAACGCAAAGGACACAGCCCAUACCAAGGCAGAGAGGAACAUCCUGGAGGAGGUGAAGCAUCCCUUCAUCGUCGACCUCAUCUAUGCCUUCCAGACGGGAGGGAAGCUGUACCUCAUCUUGGAGUACCUGAGCGGAGGAGAGCUCUUCAUGCAGCUGGAGAGGGAGGGCAUCUUCAUGGAGGACACGGCCUGUUUUUACCUGGCAGAGAUUUCAAUGGCCCUGGGUCACCUGCACCAAAAGGGCAUCAUCUACAGAGACUUGAAACCAGAGAACAUAAUGCUCAACAGUCAAGGUCACGUCAAGUUGACAGACUUUGGGUUGUGUAAGGAGUCCAUUCACGAUGGCACGGUUACGCACACCUUCUGCGGCACCAUCGAGUACAUGGCUCCAGAGAUCCUGAUGAGAAGCGGACACAACCGAGCGGUGGACUGGUGGAGUCUGGGUGCUCUGAUGUACGACAUGCUCACAGGAGCGCCUCCGUUCACAGGAGAGAACCGAAAAAAGACCAUUGAUAAAAUCCUGAAGUGCAAGCUCAACCUGCCACCCUACCUCACACAGGAAGCCCGAGACCUCCUCAAACGGUUGCUGAAGAGAACUGCUUCAUCACGACUGGGGGCGGGGCCUGGAGAUGCCACAGAAGUGCAGGCUCAUCCUUUUUUUCGACACAUCAACUGGGAGGAUUUGCUUGCCCGGAAAGUGGAGCCUCCCUUCAAGCCGGUGCUGCAAUCAGCAGAUGACGUGAGCCAGUUUGACUCAAAGUUCACCAGCCAAACGCCGGUCGACAGCCCAGAUGACUCCACCCUCAGUGAGAGUGCCAAUCAAGCCUUCCUGGGUUUCACAUAUGUGGCUCCAUCGGUUUUAGAAAACAUGAAGGAGAGGUUUUCCUUUGAACCAAAGAUCCGCUCUCCUCGGCGGAUCAUGGGCAGUCCAAAAACACUUCUCAGCCCCGGCUGGACCCGAAGCCCUCUUCUUCCCGGCGGAGGGCGGAGCGUCCUUCAGUCUCCUCUGGAGCACGCCAUGGAGCUGUCCGCACCGGAACAGAUGGACGUCACCAGCAGCUCCGAGGCCUCGGCACCCCUCCCCAUCCUUCAGCCCGGCGGGGUCAACCUUGCCCACAUGAAGCAGCAAGCCUUCCCCGUCGCCGCCAAACGGCCAGACCAUCUUCGUAUGAACCUAUGACCCGUGACUCCAUUUUUUUUCUCCCUCCCCUCCCAUGAGUAAUAUUUUCAAAGUUAUGGACAUAAGGGACAGUAAAACCUCCCACCUGCACUUCCACACUACACAUACGUCACAACCUGGAUGUAAGCCACUGUGGCCAGUUUCAGCUGAGCGCUGCAGAUGACGCCGCAGUCUCAGCACUUUUGUUUUCGAGGAUUUUAUCGCGAGUGUGAUUUGGGGAAUCAAAGGUCUUUACGAGCACAAGGUUCUGUGCAGCUUUGGCGUAAGGAAAGAUGCCUCAAGUGCAGUUAAUACGAGGCUUUAAGUGUAACAAAACGCCCCGUGGUGCUGAAUGACAUUCUAUGGGCUUCAAAUGACUGUUUAAAGAAAAAACUGCAGAUGACAAGCAGAGGCUCUGCUUUAAGUGCAGCUUCAUGUUUUAAAAAGUCUUAUCAGUAGAUGCAUAAGCCGCUAUGCAUCAAAAGUUGGAGCGUUUUCCAGCGUAAGUUCAUGGCUGUGAAGCGGCUGACGUGCAGCACGCCAUCUCCGGGGCCGUUAGUCAUCGAUGCCACACAGCAGCACGACCCACUUCACAAGGGUCGCCCACAAACAGAUCUGAGCGCCGCUUCCUGUGAGCCCCGCCUUCAUCCAGGAGACGCCGGGGAUUCAGACCCUCGCCAAACCCCCCUGCAGUGGAUUCAAGUCUGAGACGGUAGCACCAGUUGAUCUGGUCUCCAUUCGCAGCUUUGGGCUUCAACAGACUUGGGGCAACAUUUACGGCCUUACGGAGCAGAAUUCACCUGAGGAGGUUUUUGAACUCCUUAAAACAUAAAGUUAUAAAUAAAACGCAGAUGGAAAGUAAAA